CCCGUCCUCCACCGCCACCGCCACCGCCACCCCGACCGCCGGCGAAGAAAAAGGGAGAGGGAGGAGGAUGGGGAUGCGGGAAUGGCCGCUGCCUCGCCUGUACGAGGUCCUCCACGGCGAAGAGCGCGGCCGGUGGCCGCCGGAGGCCAGGUUCCUCGAAGCCGCCCACAACGGCGACGUCCGCGAGAUCAAGAAGAUUGCAAAGGAGCUGGACGUGCAGGGGCAUGGGAUCCGGACGACGGUGGCCAACACCACCUACAUGGGCAUGAACGCGCUACACGCCGCGGGCGGCGGCGGCAAGCUGCCGAUCUACCGGUAUCUUGUCGAGGAGGUCAAGAUGGACGUCGACAUGCCUGACACCGCUCAGGAGUUUAUGCCCAUGUCACAUGCCAUCAUGUAUGGCCACCUUCCCGCCGUCAGGUACCUUCUGGAUCAUGGCGCUGAUCUGCAUCAGCGACGUGGAAAAAUCACCCUUCUUCAUAUGGCUAUAGUUCAUGGGUACUAUGAAAUAGUGAAGUUUCUUCUUGCGAGGGGAGCUAAUGUCCAUGCAAUGUCACAACUUGGGACACCACUCAUGGAUGCUACUCUUAGAGGAUUUCCUAGUAUUGUCAAGAUCCUUUUGGAGCACAAGUCAGAUCCCAACAUUGUUACUCGUAUACUUGGACCUUUAAACAUGGCAUUAGACAGAUCUUUCGUGUCCUGUGUGAAGCUAUUGAUUCAGGGUGGAGCUAAUGUGAGCGGUGUUGUUCCUUAUUAUGAUCCUUUGCUGACGGCUGCAGAGAAGGGCUUAACUGAAGCUAUUAAGUGCUUGUUGGAAGCUGGUGCAAACCCAAAUGUUUUUGACAGGUUUGGUAGGUUGCCAAUAGAGUUGGCUGUUGAGUAUGGUACACGGGAAGACGUUGAGAUUCUCUUUCCUUUCACCUCUCCUGUUUCAACUGUGGCAAAUUGGAGCGUUGAUGGAAUCAUUAGUCAUGUGAAGAUGGAAAUCAAGCAACUUGAGGAUGACAAUUUUGUGAAAAAGAGGAUGUCCGAGCUGAAACUCCAAGCAGAUGAAGCAUUUAAGAAGCAAAGUUAUCUAAAUGCAUCAGUGCUCUACACACAGGUACAUAUACCAGUGGAACCUCCAUUACGAUUUAGUUAA